CAUGGAACCUCAGUCAGGACGCCAACCUGAAGACGAACACCCACCCACCGCCCGCCGCGAAAGCUUUGAUCACCGCGGUCACCCACCCCUCCCCCAUUCUCCAAAUUCCAAGCUUCAUCCCAGACCUCCACCGAGCCCGCCAUGACCACAGAGAAACCAUCGCAGCAGCAGCACGAAUCGCAAACAUGUCGUGACACCGACCCCGCCCCCAUCAACGAGAAGCGGCUGCUGCGCAAGAUGGACUUCCACCUCAUGCCGGUGCUGACGCUGCUGUACCUGUUCUGCUUUCUCGACCGGGGGAAUAUCGGCAACGCGAGGAUCGAGGGGAUGGAGGAUGACUUGCACUUGAAGGGGUCGCAGUAUAACUGGGCGCUCACGGUGUUUUUCUUCACGUACACGGUCUUCGAGCUGCCGUCGAAUCUGGUGUUGCAGAAGGUGCGGCCAUCCGUCUGGAUCCCGUCGCUGAUGGUGGCGUGGGGGGUGGUUAUGACCCUAACGGGCAUCGUGACCAACUACCACGGUCUCCUCAUCGCCAGACUAUUCCUCGGCGUCGCCGAAGCCGGUCUCUACCCGGGGGUGACAUACUACCUGACGAUGUGGUACUCGCGCCACGAGGCCCAACUCCGCCAAGCCAUCUUCUUCAGCGCCGCCAGCAUCGCCGGCGCCUUUUCGGGGCUGCUGGCCUUUGCCAUCGGGAAAAUGCACGGCGUCGGCGGAUACUCCGGGUGGCGGUGGAUCUUCAUCCUCGAGGGCAUCGCGACGGUGAUCGUGGCGGUGGUGGCGUACUUCGCGCUGUACGAUUACCCCGACACGGCGUCGUUCCUGACCGCCGACGAGAAGACGUGGGUGCUGCGGCGCCUGAAGAUGCAGUUCUCCGAGAAUGGGAACGUGGUUCCCGACACGGUGGAGUUUAAGUGGAAGUAUGUCUGGGAUGCGGUGAAGGAUUGGCAGGUGUAUAUGGCUGUUUUGAUGUACUACUCCACCAUGUGUCCCCUGUACGGAAUCAGCUUCUUCCUUCCCACUAUCAUCCGCGAUCUGGGAUAUACGUCUUCGACUGCGCAAUUGCUCACGGUCCCCCCCUACGUCACCGCCGCGGUCGCCGCCAUCCUCGCCGCAUGGUACUCCGAUCGAAUGGGGCAACGCUCGCCCCUGCUCCUCUUCCACAUCGGAUGCAUCGUCGCGGGGUUUCUCGUCUGUCUCGCGGGGUCGCAGCGCUGGGUGCCGGGGUUGAUCUACUUUGGGGUGUUUCUUGCAAUCCUCGGAAUCUACCCCGCCAUCCCCGCCAUCGUAACCUGGCUGAGCAGCAACCUGGCCGCCGACCACAAGCGAUCCGCCGGAAUGGCCAUCCACAUUGGCCUGGGGAAUUUCGCUGGCGCAAUGGCCUCCCACUUCUACCGCACCUCCGACGCCCCACGAUACAUACUCGGCCACUCCCUCGAGCUCGCCUUCGGGGUUCUCGGCGUGCUCGUCAUCCUGGUCACGCGGUUCGCAUACGACGGGAUCAAUCGUCGCCGGGUGGAUAAGUUGGUGAGACUCCGGCCCGAGUAUUCGGGGAGUGAGCUCGCGGAGAUGGGGGAUAAGUCGCCAACGUUUAGGUAUAUGCUUUGAUUUGGGGAGUGCGGUUCGGUACGGUCUUU